UGAGCGAUGGCUGCUGGUGGAAAGAUCCACGGUAGGUAGCGUUCACGAAGAUCCGAAGAGAGCCGACGUCUCUGUCACAGUUAAGUCGCGGCCGGAGGUGUCUCAAGGAUGGAUUUCACCCUGCUCCGGAACAUCAUCAGCAGAUUCUGUGUGGGGGAGGAGAUCUGGGUGGACAGUCGGACUGUGUACAUCGGUCAUAAAGAACCUCCUCCGGGGGCUGAGCCCUACAUCCCUCAGCGUUACCCCGACAACCGCAUCGUCUCCUCCAAGUAUACCUCCUGGAACUUCAUUCCCAAGAAUUUGUUUGAGCAGUUCAGAAGAAUCGCUAACUUCUACUUCUUGGUCAUAUUUCUGGUCCAGCUUAUCAUCGACACCCCCACGAGCCCAGUCACCAGCGGCCUGCCCCUCUUCUUCGUUAUCACUGUCACCGCAAUAAAACAGGGCUAUGAGGACUGGCUCAGACACAAGGCUGACUGCUCUAUAAACGAGUGUCCGGUGGACGUGGUGCAGCAGGGGAAGGUGGUGAGAACACAGAGUCACAAGCUACGGGUGGGGGACAUCGUCGUGGUGAGGGAGGAUGAGACUUUCCCCUGUGAUCUCAUCCUGCUCUCCUCCAGCCGCCAUGACGGGACCUGCUACGUCACCACUGCCAGCCUGGACGGGGAGUCCAGUCACAAGACCUAUUAUGCAGUACAAGAUACCAUGGCCUUUAGAACGGAGCAGGAGGUGGAUUCGCUACAUGCCACUAUUGAAUGUGAACAACCACAGCCUGACCUCUACAAAUUUGUGGGACGCAUCAAUAUUUACAGCGACAAAGAAGAGCCUGUGGCUAGACCACUUGGGGCUGAGAAUUUGCUCCUCAGAGGAGCCACACUGAAGAACACACAACGUAUUUAUGCUGUUGCAAUCUACACCGGUAUGGAGACUAAGAUGGCGCUUAAUUACCAGUCUAAAUCUCAGAAGCGCUCCGCUGUAGAAAAGUCGAUGAAUGCCUUUCUGGUCGUGUAUCUGUGCAUCCUGAUCAGUAAAGCGGUGAUCAACACCGUUCUGAAAUACGCUUGGCAGUGGUCUCCAGACCGAGACGAGCCCUGGUACAACCACAGGACUGAGAACGAGCGCCAGCGCCACGUGGUGAUCCGAGCAUUCACAGACUUCCUGGCCUUCAUGGUCUUAUUUAAUUACAUCAUCCCAGUGUCUAUGUACGUGACGGUGGAGAUGCAGAAAUUCCUCGGCUCUUAUUUCAUCACCUGGGAUGAAGAAAUGUUUGAUGAAGAGCUGGGGGAGGGAGCUCUGGUCAACACCUCUGACCUGAAUGAAGAGCUGGGACAGGUGGAGUACGUGUUUACUGAUAAGACAGGCACUCUCACUGAGAACAACAUGGAGUUUAUUGAAUGCUGCGUCGAUGGGAACGUCUACGUCCCGCACGCCAUCUGCAACGGCCAAAUCCUCAGCGCUGCUUCCAGUAUAGACAUGAUCGACUCCUCGCCUGGAGGAUACAGGAGAGAGCACGAGGAUCUGUUUUUCCGGGCGCUGUGCCUGUGUCACACGGUGCAGGUGAAGGAGGAGGAGACGGUGGAUGGUAUCAAGAGGGGCAUCCACCAGGGCAAGCCCACCUCCUUCUACAUCUCCUCCUCACCGGAUGAGGUGGCUUUGGUAGAGGGGAUGAAAAGGCUGGGUUACACCUAUCUGAGACUGAAAGACAACUACAUGGAGAUCCUCAACAAAGACGACGAGAUUGAAAGAUUUGAGCUGCUCCACGUGCUGAACUUUGACUCCGUCAGGAGGCGAAUGAGCGUCAUAGUCAAGUCAAGCGCAGGAGAAUGCCUGCUGUUUUGCAAGGGGGCGGACUCAUCCAUCUUUCCUCGUGUCGUGUCUGGGAAGGUGGAGCAGGUGAAAGCCCGGGUGGAACAGAAUGCUGUUGAGGGGCUGCGGACUCUCUGCGUCGCUUAUCGAAAGCUGUCAGAGUCCGAAUACCAGGAGGCGUGUCAUCACCUGAACGAAGCCAAGCUGGCCCUGCAGGACAGGGAGCAGAUGCUGGCGCAGGCCUAUGACAUCAUUGAGAGGGACUUUGUGCUUUUGGGAGCGACGGCAGUGGAGGACAGGCUCCAGGAGAAAGCUGCGGACACCAUUGAGUCACUGCACAAGGCCGGGAUGAAAGUUUGGGUCCUGACGGGGGACAAGAUGGAGACGGCGGCGGCUACCUGCUACGCCAGCAAGCUGUUCCGCCGCAGCACCCAGAUCCUCGAGCUGACCAAGAAACGCACAGAGGAGCAGAAUCUGCACGAUGUUCUGUUCGAACUAAACCGGACUGUUCUCAGACAACGCUCGAUUUCUGGGUUGUCAGUAGACUGCCUCGACUUUGGUCUGAUCAUCGACGGGGCCACUCUGUCUGCAGUACUAAAGCCCAAACAGGAGGUGGCCGGUUCCGGCAACUACAGAGAGAUCUUUUUAGAGAUCUGUCGCAACUGUAGCGCUGUGCUCUGCUGUCGGAUGGCACCACUGCAGAAAGCACAGAUUGUGAAGCUAAUUAAAGCCUCCAAGGAGCACCCCAUAACCCUCGCCAUCGGCGAUGGGGCCAACGAUGUCAGCAUGAUCCUGGAAGCACAUGUGGGCAUUGGCAUCAUGGGUAAAGAGGGCCGACAGGCGGCAAGGAACAGCGACUAUGCCAUCCCGAAGUUCAAGCACCUGAAGAAGAUGCUGCUCGUUCAUGGCCACUACUAUUACAUCCGUAUUGCUGAACUUGUUCAGUACUUCUUUUACAAGAAUGUAUGCUUCAUCUUCCCUCAGUUCCUGUACCAGUUCUUCUGUGGUUUCUCCCAGCAGCCUCUGUACGACACCGCCUAUUUGACGUUGUACAACAUCAGCUUCACCUCACUCCCCAUCCUCCUCUACAGCCUGGUUGAGCAGCACGUCACCAUUGACAGGCUCAAGAGGGACCCCUCCUUGUACAAGGACAUAGCGAAGAACUCCCUCCUCCGCUGGCCCGUCUUCAUGUAUUGGACGUGCCUGGGUGUGUUUGACGCUGUUAUCUUCUUCUUUGGUGCCUACUUCCUGUUUGACAACACCACCUUCACCAGCAAUGGCCAGCUUAUGACCACCAACACACAGAUGAUGUUUGGGAACUGGACCUUCGGGACUCUCGUUUUUACUGUGCUGGUCUUCACCGUUACACUCAAGCUUGCCUUGGACACACACCACUGGACCUGGAUCAAUCACUUUGUCAUCUGGGGGUCACUACUUUUCUACGUUAUUUUCUCUCUUCUCUGGGGAGGCAUCAUUUGGCCCUUCCUGAACUACCAGAGGAUGUACUACGUGUUCAUGCAGAUGUUGUCCAGCGGUCCGGCCUGGCUCAGCAUCAUCCUGCUGGUAACGGUCAGCUUGCUGCCAGAUGUCAUCAAGAAGGUCCUCUGCAGGGCCAUGUGUCCCACAGCCACCGAACGUGCACAGGAUGAUGAGAAGCUGUCGCGGGCUUGCGUGGCCGAGUUGACUCCGCUGUCCCCUCGUCGAUCCUACAAAGGCACGAGCACAGACUCCUCUCACCUCCACCUCGGCGCUGCGGAGACACUGUCGCUCCGCAGGUCUGAUCCCCUUCCUCAGAAACGACUGGUCCACUUGGCGGAAGGUGGAGGGGCAGACGUGCGCUCUCUCAGCCCCUACAUGCUCCGUCUCUCGGGAGAAGGGUUUGCCUACUACGCUCCGGGGCCUGAGACCUCCGUGUGAACACAAAACAAAGCGGGCUCCGAAACUAUGUGCAAGUGGAUCUCGCAGGCCGAAAACAUAAAAGUCCAUCGGCGCCUGGAUGUGCGACCGAGAGACGGCAACUCAAGGAUCAAGGAUUUCUAGAGCAAAAUACAAACAAACAUGUUCACACGCAUCCACCUCCAUGCUGAGCUCACUAUGUGCAUUUCCUGGGCUACACCUGAGUGAACAACCCUUUAGAUAUUUCAGCCCUGACGCCUCAUCUUCAUACUUUGGUAACACCUUUUCGAUUCAGUGUCGUCCCCUGUCUUAGUCUCAACCAAGUUCCUAACCCAAACUCUUACUUGAACAAGUCUAAGAACAAAAAGGGGCAAAGGUGCGUUGUUUCACGCACUAUUGAACUGUCCUGUUUCAACAUGUCAACAGUCAGGCCUUUUUGUAUUCCUUGUCCUCAUUUUCAGUCUCCCGUUCUUGCCUGUUCCGCCACUUUCCGUGUCCCGUUUGCUUCUUUGUUAAUGUUUGUUGAAAACAUUUAUGUACAGUUUGUGGUCUGGCCAAGUAAGGUUGCGGCCGGUCAAGCUCAACCCUUUAGGUGUGCGUGCGUGCGUGUGCAUGUGCGCGAGUGUAUGCAUGAAUUUGCCUGUUACUGUAUGUUUGUACGUGACACACCUUUGCCUUACAGGUAGCCACACAGCAGCAGGCUAGUAGCCAAAAGAGAAAGGUGUAAAAAAACAACAAUAAUAAUAAAAAAAGUAGAAGAGGUGUAAUACAAAGCCUUACACACACACACAGCUGCAGGAGGGAAUGUGGGGAAUCUGAAGAGGGAUGUGCAGUAUACUAGCCACCCUGCCUUAAUUCAUAGAUACUGAUUUUUAGUGGAUUAUAUUUCUAAGUCAGUUUAAACAUGCUUGUGAGUAGACCGGUUCAGAGGGCAUACGUGUCCGGUACAGUUUGUCAAUUGUUCCUCUUCUUUUACCCUCACAUUUGUUUUCUUCUUAUCUGCCAGUGUAGCAUGUCGGAUCUCCCUGCAGCAUGCUGAUCCGCUCCUCUCUCGGUUCUUCCAUAUCCUCCCUCGUCCCGGGCAUCAUUCAUCGUGAACCAUAUCCCGACACCUUUGUCUUUCUCCCAACAAUGAGCACACUGUACCCACUCCUGCCCCAGUGUGGUCCUGUGGGGUAACAGCAGCAGCAGCCCCAGACUCUUUAUUUAUGGAUGUCCUAAAUGACUGUUGCAUUGUGCUUGUGUGUUUGCUGCCAUGCUCUGUGUUAUGCAAAAGUUAACGUAAGAAUGCUGAUGUCAUGUUGUCACAUUAUAAGGUUUUUUUUUUCUCUGUGUUGCAUUUAUCUGAGUUAUUCUGUAUUGUUCUAAAAAUUAUUGAUGGCGGUCACUGUUGAUGUAUGGAUGUAACUUAAAAAAAACAACUUUUGAUAUAUAUUGUAGUGAGAAGAGAUAUUCUUUAGUCUGUUGUGAGUAGGAGGGAGACUUGAAGCGGCGAUGUCACAAUCAAAUCGAUAGAAUGUUGAACUGAUUUGUCCAUCAUGUCCUCCAGCUGACGAUUGUAGCUCAUCAUGGAUGAACCACUUUUCUGCAUUUCUAACAUCCGAAGUCCUCUUUGUCCAAAGCAUAUCUGUCCUGUUGCACAGCAAGUGACUGACUCUGGAAGUCUUGAAUGUCAGAUUCCGAAGCAUUUUUGUAUGUUUAUACAGUUUAUUUUCAUACACAUCACCAUCUGCCAACAUGUAUAGAUUUAAUAACAGGUGUUCGGUAUUUUUUUACUGGGGCACAGAUGAUUUUUCAGUUUGGUUGGAGGUCUGGAUUUGUCUCUUUCAGUUUUCACUCAAAGCCUCCACAAGUGUUUGAACUUGGGGGCUCAACGUCCUGACCUCAGUAGAUUAAUAGAAGGGCCUUGGUGCUUGUUAUGCAGUGUCCCACCUCACUGUGCUGUUGCCAUACUGUAUCCAGACAUAUUCUACAUGUCACAUACAAAUCCUACCAUAACAAUGCUAUAAGGUCUAUUUUACUUUAAUAAUGUAAUGGGGAAUUCUUUGGAGUCAUUCUUCAAACACAGUUUGUUAUUCGAGACCUCCACAGUUAUGUUUGUGUUGUCCACAUUGAAUAUUUCUUUUGCUACUUUUGUAUCCCAGAGAGAAGACUAUAUUUUAACUGUGUUAGAAUGUGUGUUCAAGUUUGUAACCAAAAUUAGAGCAACAUACACAUUAUAUGAUUCAUUAGAGAUUUACAAAUAGGUCUACACACUGCACUUUGUUCUACAACGGAUCAGUUUUCCCCCUAAAACAAGGUCUAAUGUCCGUCGACUAGGGGCUUAUAAGUGUUCACUCUUCCUCACAAGUUAUUUUUCUAAGAAUGUAGUGGGUGAGAAAAAAAAAAAAGUGACCAAAUAACUUGACUAGGAACAAAUGGGUUUAUCGCACCAGCCUUCUGCUGAUCAGAAUGUCAAACUGCUUUUUCUAAGUCCAUCAGCAGAACAGCAGGUGCUUAUCCUGUCACUCCUGAGCUUGGCCAAUGUCUGAAGUGUCGACUUCUGUGCUCUGAGCAGCACGCCUCUCAUAUCAUACCUUUCAGUACAGCACUGUUUGUAUUACUAAACAGGUUUUGAGAAUUUACUGUUUGUUUUGGAUAAAGACUUUAAAAGUUCAGUUGUUGACUUUUUGCCAGCCUGUCUGUAGCAAAUGGGGGCAGAGCACUGUAUUGUCAUUCUGCUUGUAAUAAAGAGCGAGUGAAAGCA